AUGACAGAAAUCGUUGACAAAGCCAAUGGCGAGCAAGGGACAUGCUUCAAAUUCAAUAUCUUUUUGAUAGUACAAGAGGAAUGUUUGGAUAACCCGAGGUUAGAAUUGACAGAGCAUAGGGAUAUCAAUUCGGGCUCAGGGUUAAGCACAUGUGUUCGUAGUCCUAAAGGUGAAAAGUCUUUAGUGAUUCUCUUAAUCAAGAAUGAUGCGUGGAGAGGAAUGAUCCAUAGAUACAUGAAGAGCCCCGGAGUAAACUUGAAGGUCCUAAGCCAAGGGAAGCAACUCUCCCCAACUCUUAAGAAGGUCAAAUCUAUGCUCAUUGAGCCUCAGUAUUACAACUCAUCGUCAGGGAGGUCAGACACGAGCCCUCCUCGUGGAACCUACUUGAGUAGCAGCUCUGAUCGCAGUGGUAGAGGUUGGUCAAAACUGCUUCCUCUCAAUAUGAUGGAUGGUACUAAUGAGGUCCUUCCGGUGUACAAAAGGUCCACUAUUCGAAGGUCAGUGAAAUGCAUACUACUUGUAAUAGAUUGCAAUGCAGGGGAUGAUUUUCAGAAAAUGCAGAGAUCAGUGUCUGAGUUUAGAAAGGACUUAUACAUGACAUGCAUCAAGGUAGUUUGGCUCGAUAGACCUGACACCCGUAGGGCUCAUUUCCAAGGCUUACCAGAUGAGAGUCUCCCUUCAACAGAUCUUAUCAUAUCGGAACCUCUUCAUGGGUCACGCUUAUCAAAGAUUAUAAGGCUUCUCCCUAAGUUUGGGGGUGAUUCUGUACGAUCUCCUACUUAUGGAAGAUCAAAGAGAUCCAACACUCGUGUUGCAGUUUUAUUUACACAAUCAGAAACUGAAGAAGAUAUAGGUGAAUCUAGUGGUGGGGAGAUCAAGCCAGCAAGGAGUAGACGAAGCUUGAAACUUGCUAAUUUUAGUGAUAACUAUGUUCAAGAGCCAGAAGUCCCUCAGGUUCUAAGGAGCUCUAGCAGUGAUAAGCUCACGUCGAUGACUGAAACUACUCAAAUGGGAGAAAUACAAGAAGUUCCAAGAUAUCAAGGAACCUCCUUUAGAAGGAAGAAAAUACUGAUUGUUGAAGAUCAUUUGUUACAAAGAAAGCUCGCUGAAACAUGUGUUAUGCGCUUAGGUGCCGAAACUCAGGCAUGUGGAAAUGGCAAAGAAGCUAUUGAGGUGGUUUGCAAAGCAUUGAGCAACCAAACAAGUAGAGAACCCUCAAAGUUUCCAUAUGAUUUUAUAAUCAUGGACUGUCAGAUGCCAGUGAUGAAUAGGUUUGAAGCAACACUGAAAAUCCGCGAAGAAGAGAAGAAGUACGGACUACACAUCCCGAUUAUUGCACUGUCGGCUCAUGAGGUGGAUGGAGAAGAAGGCAGGAAGAUUGCUGAGGCUGGAAUGCAUUUCCACCUGACAGAGCCACUCCGCGGAACAUUGACAAUGCAGUCAAAUCGGUUCUAUAAUGCUCUGAAGGGUCAUGGGGCUCUUGGCCGCCUCAUAAAUCUUCCUUAUGAAAGUCAUGCUCGCAAGGGUCACGUGGCUCUUUGCUGCCAAGUGAUUUCUGUGACUGGUGGUGGUGUUGCAGAGGUAGAGGAACCAGAUAAUGGAGACUACUCUUUUCCAAGGGUAUAA